AUGAGCGCACACGAGGCGAGACGGAGCACAUCGAGAACAGCUCCCGACCCUCGCGACGAUAGUUUACAGCCAAACAGUGCGAAUCCUACGCUCACGAGUAGUUAUCCCGAUCCCUCUUCUACGUCCACCCUCUCACACCCGUCUGCACCAGCGCAACCGGCAACAGCAACCGGCGAGGAAGCCACAGCGAUUGCUGCCGCAAUGCUUAGUACAAUGUCAGCUCCGACGAUAAUCCUUGCGCAAGCACUAGCAGUUGACGCGGCAACUUCUGGCUUCGACGACCUUGCAGACAAUAGGUCCAGCAGCUUGAGCGAGAUUGGAGAUGCUUCCGAUGAUCAGUCUGAGCCCACACCGCGGCCUACCACAGCAUUGGACUUGGACGAGGAUGAUUCUGAGGCUGAGACCGAGCGAUUAGAGAACACGCCACGAAAACUCACGCGCACGGCCACAGAUACGUCAUUGUUGUCUGAACCACCAUACACGAGGACGCCGAGCAAGCUGGCACACUCGAACACAGUAGAACAAGAAGAUUCUGCCCCGCCCACACCCUCUGUCAUCAAUAAUGAAGCGACUAGGGACGAAGCCGCUGAAGCGAAAAACCCCCUACACUCCCUAUCGCUCGUCGCAGCUUCAGAAGCAGCGAGCCUGGAAUAUGCGGGCAAGAAAAGGAAGAGAACAAGUGCUGAAGGAAGCCCUGUUGACGACGAGGACGACGAGCCCGCACGGAAACGAAGCGGAACUGGGAAGACUGUCAAUGGCUCAGUCGAUCCUAUCGUCGGCAGUUUGGAACAAAUAGAUGCAGACGAGGAGCUUGAAAAUGCUGAGGAGCGUUUAUCACAGCUCGCGCAGGAAGAAAUGGAUCUCGAAGAGCGACAGGCCAAUAUUGCAGCGGAAACCGUCAGCGAAAUGGCGACCGUUGCGAAACACACGAAACCCCGAAAGGGCGGCAGACGAGGGAAGCGGAAAUUAGAGGAUCCCAGCUAUGCCUACAGCGAGCCGUUCGUGGGUCUUGAGGCCCACGAGGGCGAAGGUGAGGGCGAGAACGAUGAAGAGGACAGUACAGGCCUUGACGAGGAAGUCUCCAAGAAGAAAUUCGCGAUCGACAAGCUUGCGGAGAUCGAAAAGAAGUUCAAGGUUUUCCGGGAAAAGUUAUGCGACGAACAGAUUACGCAACUCGAACGAGAGCUCGAACUACUCAAGCAGCCGAACUGUGUCCACCCUGAGUAUCUCGCCAUGAUCAAGUGCGUAGACGACCGACGAGCCGAUAAGAUCGCGUACGAGACAAGAUUACUCGACUAUAAGCAGAGGAACCUUGAGACAAUAACGACAGCAGAGCGACACCAGAUGCAUAGCCAGUAUUUCCAGUCAGUGCGGCAUGUGCGCGAGGAGAUCCUCGAGGAGUGCAACCAGCGCGUGUUCGAACUGCAGCGAGGAAGACGACAGCUCGGUUGCGACGAAACCGAAUACAUGAUCCAGCUUCCAGAGAAGCGGUCCGAUCAGAUAAGACACCAAACAGCAUAUAAUCUCGAGGUCUCCAUCUUGUCUGGAGUGGCGAAAUAUGUUGGUUUCCCUGCAGCACCAGAUAUCAGUGCUGCACGGCCUUCAGAGAUUGAUGAGGAUCUUCGAGCCAUGAAGAUCGCGACGCGUGCUCCAGCGCCUCCUCCUUCAUUCCGCACGUACAACCGGACGACUACAGCGGAUGAAGCUGCUGCAGAAGAGCAGUUUCUAGAAAGUACACCUUGGGCAAAUCCAAGGCACCCUGCCCAUCAGGAAACACGUUACACUUCUGGACCAUCACGCGUGCCAAGCUAUCAGACACCAGCUGGCCAGCGUCGCGUGGUUGACCUAACUGCUCCGAAUGGUUCGGUUUCCACAAUUGAAGCGACCUCAAAUCCUCCGUCUUCCAAAGCCCAUAACAUCAAUGGUCGGAUAGGUGAAUCAGAGUCGCCGGUCCUACAGAUGAAGCGGCCUCAGAACGAUCACGCAGCGUACACAGAUACGCCCGGCUCUAACCCUCGAAAUCCUGGAAUGUUAGGAAGGGAGAAUUACGGGAUAUUGUCCAGUCCCGCGAUGCAGCCAGAUGAGCUAGGCGGUCAACAUUGGGGUGGUGGUAGUAACCGGCUACUCAGCUCAGGUCCAACUACAGCUCCUACUAGUACACCCGGUCCCGGUCGACCCGACGCAGCCCGAGUGCCAUUAACGCAGCGUAGCGGUCUCGGCUCGUUAAGCGUUGGCAAUGGCCUGUUCGGACGGUGA